GGUACAUCAAAAUAACCUCAUUCACUCAACUGAUCGACAGUGAGAUAAAUUCCUUUUUCAUUAAAUCGCAAUACAUUUAGAUGAUAUAUAACUCAUAUUUCCGUUGGAAAUAUCUAUAUUUACUACUAAUCCUCCUCCACAUCCUCGUCAUUCACUCAAACAACAAAAUAUAGCCGCCUGUUUUCCUCGAAUCAUCCAUAACUCAACAUAUACAUAAUUCUCUCCUCUUGGCCCGUUUCUCCAACAUCAAACCAAUAACAAUUACCUUCCGUCCGAUGUAUACCAAAAUUAUACCUAACCCAUGCCUCUCAGCCGCGUAUCCUUUCAAUUCUCCUGACGCUAAAGCUGGGGAUGCCGAGCUUGGCGGCUGAAUGGGCGCAGACACUAGUCAUGGGUAUCAACUUCAACAUACUAUGGAUUUGCUAUGAAUGCACGGCCCUGGUAUGAAGCUCCGGCAGUUGUCAAAAUGGUUACGAGGCCGAGCCCUAGAAAAUAUCGAAAGAAAAGGGACGGCCUGUAUCACACAUUUCUGUUUCUUGGGAGCACAAGUUUCUUAGUGAAUGUGUGUUGAGUAAGCAUUCGACGACCGCAAACAUGCUGGGUAUCGUUGCGUCCCUUACCCUUCUACUACUAUCGGUAGAGGGUGUAUCUAGCACAUCUCCCGACAAGCAAGACUACAGCAGACGUCCGAUCAUCCUAGAAAAAUCUGGCGGGUUUACAGUGGGAGGUAAAGUUAUUCAUAGUCCUAUCUUCCCCAACUGGACCCUUUCAUGCGACCACGGAUAUCUGGAAUAUUUUAUUCCAUGGAGACCACGAACGACGAGUAUCGUUAUGUGGCAUAGCUCUACUACCCAAGUCUGGCAAAAUCGAUGGGAUGGUGGUGAAGGCUUCAAGGACAAAUUUUUACGUCGUCGGUAUCCCGUCUAUCUCUGGGACGGACCUCGGGUAGGACGUGCUAAUUGGGCUUGCGAACCAUAUAACUACGCCCCAUUGUACACAGAUCAGGGUAAUUUCUUCGCUUGGAAUUUUGGUCCCUCGUAUCCGAAUUUUUGGCCAGGCGUACAGUUUCCUACCAAGGAUCGCGAGGCGUGGCAUCAGGCGACCGGCUCUCGCUAUGUUGAGUUCGAUUCAAACAAAAAUGUAUACCUGCAAUCGGAAGCAGCUGCCAUCGCGGCAGAUUCCGGGAAACUCGGCGAUAGUAUUGUAUAUCUCACCAACUCAGCUGCUGGCCUCCGUGCUCAAAUGACUGUGGCCAAAAGUAACACAACCAACAUUAAAGCCAUUGUAGCCUACGAAGCUUACGGCUGUAUAUUUCCCGACAACGUCAAUAUCACGACUGGAGAACCAUUCGGGCCUAUGGUUGUUCCCCUCGAAGAUUUCAAGAAGCUAGCAAAGCUUACGGCUAUUCAGUUUAUAUGGGGAGACCACCGAAGCGAGAACUAUACAUUUGUUCAACAGACGAGACUCGCAGCCAAGCUCAUUAAUCAGUAUGGCGGGAAUGCUGAAGUCUUUUUUCUAGCGAAAGAUGGAGGCCUUCGCGGGAAUACUCACACUGCAUUCGCGGAUAUGAACAACGAUGAAGUAGCCGGGCUUCUUGAGGAUUUCCUCGAAGAUAAUGAACUAGAUAGUUUCCAGGGAGAUACGGACGAUGAUGCUAGUGAUCCUUACUACAGAUAGAUAAGGGUCGCUAAAACUUACGAGCUUUGGAGGUCGAUGGCGUGGUAUGAACUGAGAGUGAGUUCUUCAUUAGUCAGGGGAGUUGAAAAUUCUCAUUAUAGACACGCUUAAUAUACUACGUUAAAAGGACAGAGU